AUGGAAGAGGUUAAUGCUGGAUUGCCGCUGGGGUUUCAAGCGCUGGGUGAUGGACGAUUGAGCGUGGUGUUUGGAAAUCGAUUGGUGGGAUUUCGUAAAGAUUUGGAAGUUGGGUUUGCAAAUGGGUGUGGUAUCGAGGAGGCGAGGACGAAUCUUGCUGCGUGGCUAGAGACUAUUGAAAGGGUUGAUGAGGAAACUCAGAGGGCCCAUCUUGGAUUGUCGACUGAGAGUCGGUUUGUCUAUGCGCAGAGGAGAGCCAUGGCGCAUAAUGUGCACUAUGUGGACCCGGAGCGGAUUAGUGAUGAGGUUUUGUGGGAUAUUAUUAUUGUUACGGCUUUGUAUGCUUUAGAACCUCUAUGGUAA